AUCUCACACUGAAUUUCUGCGGCACCGGCAACGUCUUCUGGACCAUGGCGACUUGGACGCUGCGACCCCAGUGCUCUGGCUGCCGCUGCGCUUUAUGGAGACGAUCGGCCUGGCGCCUUGCUCGGUCGAGCAGCAAGCAGGCCGCGACGAAGAUGUGGAGGGCGAUGUGGACAUGGUGGAGGUCGCCGAUCAACCCGACAACGAGCCUGAGGACUCUGACAGUGGCUGCGAGGCAGAGCCGGCAGUGGAUCCUUGCCAGGAAGGCGCCACGCGCCAAAGCGCCAAGGCCAGCUUCAUCGCCAAGGUUUUCUCCUCCGUGAUUGGCUAUGGUACCGACCGUGUACUCGCUCACUUCGUUUAUGAUCUCUGGAUGUGGAGCUCUCUGGGUGGGGCCCGCAACGCGGCGCCCACGGAUCUUCGAG